UUUCCUCAACUGAAAGAUACAUUCCCAUUCUUUUGAAGCGAUGAAUUGAUUGCACACUCUUUACAUGUGUUUUGUAAAUUCCAAUACAACAGGGGAAGAAGAAACCAAAACCGAAAAACCCAGCAGCGAUAUCAACUAUGCUUCCUCUGCCUCCUAUUGAUCUCAACGAUGUUCAGCACAAGCUGGCCACCCAGUUCAGGCCGUGGCAACGCUCCUUUCAGUUCUGGGCUCGAGCCGUCGACAUCUACACUGGCUACAAGGUGUUUCAGCUGCGUGUGAGUUUCGUGAAGGAUGUGAAGAGACAAGAGGAAAUGUGGGAGAGGCAACAUGAAGUUGCGGCUGAGAAGAUAUAUGCUAUGUGUUCGGACAUGGGCGGUUUCUUUCUCAAGGUUGCCCAAAUUGUUGGGAAGCCAGACUUGGCCCCUGUUGCCUGGGUGAAAAGGCUUGUUACAUUGUGUGAUCAUGCUCCUGCUACUCCAUUUGAUGCCGUUCAACUUAUGCUGGAAACUGAGUUGGGUCGAAGUAUUGGUGAAGUGUUUGAGAGAUUCGAUGUGGAACCUAUUGGCUCUGCUUCAAUUGCACAGGUUCACCGAGCAAGAUUGAGAGGUGAUAAGAAUGAUAUUGUUGUCAAGGUGCAACAUCCUGGAGUUCAGGAUCUAAUGAUGACAGAUAUCCGUAACUUGCAAGCCUUUGCUUUAUACAUUCAGAAGACAGAUGUCAAGUUUGAUCUAUACUCUGUAACCAAGGAAAUGGAGACUCAGAUCGGAUAUGAAUUUGACUUCACAAGAGAGGCUAAUGCCAUGGAAAAGAUUCAAAAAUUUUUGUAUGAAAAUAACAAAAGGACUCCUGUCGUGGUUCCUCGACUAAUACGAAACCUAGUCACUAGGAGAGUUUUAGUUAUGGAAUAUAUUGAUGGGAUACCAAUCCUCAAUCUUGGAGAUGAAAUUGCGAAAAGGGGUAUAAAUCCUGUUGGUAAGGUUGCAGCCGCAGCAAAGCAGAAAAUCCUCCAAAGUUUGACACUAGCAUAUGGACAAAUGAUUUUGAAGAAUGGUUUCUUCCAUGCAGAUCCCCACCCAGGAAAUAUCCUAAUCUGUAAAGGUUCAGAGGUUGCCUUGCUCGAUUAUGGCCAAGUGAAAGAUCUCCCAGAUCAGUUGAGACUUGGUUAUGCUAAUCUUAUUCUUGCGAUAGCUGAUGGUGACCCUGUAAGAGCCUUAGAGAGCUAUGGGGAGCUUGGCAUAGAAACCUUAAGCACAUGUGAAGAUGAACAAAAGGAAAUGUUGAAGUUGGCAGAGACAAUGUUUGACACGAAAUUACCCCCUGGAGUGACGAUGUUGCAGCCUUUUUCCGAGGAAUCUUCUAUUAAAAAGAUUGCAGUUCAGGCUUUUCCAGAGGAGUUGUUUUCUGUACUUCGAACAGUGCACCUGCUUAGAGGGCUUAGUGUUGGACUGGGAAUCAACUACUCAUGUGCAGAACAAUGGAGACCAAUUGCAGAAGAAGCUUUGAUUCGUGCUGGGAGAUUAAAAGGUAAAGAUCUCAAGGCUAGAAAUCGUAGAGGUGGUUUAUUAAGGAGGUUACUCUGGAGAAACUGAUUGUGUUGUGAUAAAAGGUAGCUUGCUGGCUAAUAUAGUGUUGAGAUAUUUCUAAUAUCUGGUUGAAACUAUUGACAAUGAUUGAUUAAAUCAAAUCAACCAGUGCGUAAAUUCUGUAUUGAACAUCAUUAUUCGGCACAAAAUCUUCAAUUGAUUUGCACAGUUGUUUUAAGA